UAACCCGAAGACCACCGGUCUCACUCUCUCAAGUUCUCAACCAAGAGUAACAAGGAAGCAAAUAAACGGAGGACUCAAUUAAAACGAUGAAGAGAGCAUCACCAUGGCACAGGCUCUCGGAGGCCGAGGCCGCCGUGAAUCGCUCCGUGGCGGCGAGCCGCGUGGGGAAGUACUUCAAGCUGGAGGCGCGCAAGAGCUCCUUCACCAAGGAGCUGCGCGCCGGCGCGGCCACCUUCCUCACCAUGGCCUACAUCAUCUCCGUCAACGCCGCCAUCCUCACCGACUCUGGCGGCCCCUGCACGGCCCGCGACUGCACCCCGGUGGCGCCCGGAGGCGCCAUGCCAGGGCCGGAGUGCACGUUGGGGGGAACUGCGACUAAUCCUCCUAACCCGGGCUACCAGCAGUGCCUGGCGCGCACCAAGAGCGACCUGAUCGUGGCCACGGCCGUGGCCGCCAUGGCGGGCUCCUUCGCCAUGGGCGCUCUCGCCAACCUGCCGCUCGCCCUGGCCCCUGGCAUGGGCGCCAACGCCUACUUCGCGUACAACAUGGUCGGCUUCCACGGCUCCGGCUCCAUCCCUUACCGCACGGCGCUAGCCGGCGUCAUGUUAGAAGGCAUCGUCUUCUUCUUCCUCUCCGCCGUGGGGAUCCGGUCGAGGCUGGCAAGGAUGAUCCCACGGAACAUUCGUCUCGCUUCAGCGGUGGGGAUCGGGCUGUUCCUCGCCUUCACGGGCCUCCAGGCGAACCAGGGCGUGGGCCUCGUGGGCUCCAGCCCGUCGACGCUGGUCACGCUCACGGCCUGCUCCCAGACCGACCCGGCCACGGGCGCCUGCCUUCCUGGAACCACCUUGCACAGCCCGACCUUCUGGCUCGGCGUCGCCGGCUUCUUGGUUACUGCCACCUGCCUUGCCAGGAAUGUCAAGGGCGGCAUGAUCUACGGCAUCGUGGCUGUCACGGCCGUGUCAUGGGUCAGAGGCACCAGCGUCACCGUGUUCCCGGACACGCCGGCCGGGGACGCGGGCUUCUCCUACUUCAAGAAAGUGGUAGACUUCCACAUGAUCGGGACCACGGCCGGGCAGCUGAGCUUCGGCGGGUUCCGCCAUGGCAGCGUCUGGCUCGCCAUGCUGACGCUGCUCUACGUGGACGUGCUCGACACCACGGGUACAAUGUACUCCAUGGCGGAAUACGGCGGCUUCACGGACGGCGAAGGCGGGUUCGAGGGCGAGUACAGGGCUUUCCUCGUGGACGCCGGCUCGACCGUCCUGAGCGCCGCGCUCGGGAGCACCACGGUGACGACAUACAUCGAGUCGACGGCGGGGAUCAGGGAAGGGGGCCGGACCGGGGUGACCGCGAUCACCGUGUCGGCAUGCUUCCUGGCGUCGCUCUUCUUCUCGCCGCUGCUCACGAGCGUGCCGCCGUGGGCCGUGGGGCCCUCGCUGGUGCUCGUCGGCGCCAUGAUGAUGCGCGUGGCCAAGGACAUCGAGUGGGGCGACAUGAAGGAGGCCAUCCCGGCGUUCGUCACCAUGGCGCUCAUGCCGCUCACCUUCUCCAUCGCCAACGGCAUCAUCGCGGGUCUCGCCGUCUACGUCGCGCUGAACUGGUAUGACUGGGCGAGGCACGCGUUUGGGAAGGUCGGCAAGGUGCUCGACGAGCGCCGGAUCAAGGUCGCCGCUGCCUCCACGGCCGAGAUUGGCCCGGCGCAGGACGUCGUCUGAUAUAUCGAUCUUGUUGUGAUAUAUGGCCAUUUCGGUUCUACUUGUGUUUCCAGUUCUUGGUUAGGCCAACUUAGGAUGGAGCUUAUGGGACACAGAGAACUGUGACAUGGCAUGUAGGACUAGUAGGCACUGUUGGGUAACUCUUUGCUUAGGAAAGGCAGUGGGAACUCUUGAUGAGAUUCUUGAUGUGCAAUGAGAUGCUUGUACGUACUUUGACCAUCAUGGUCAUGGCAAAAUUGUUCCCACUGAUUCCGCUA